CUUCUACAGAGAAGCAACAAUCAAAGCAUAUCAAAAAAAAAAACCCAAAAUUCUUCUGUGUUUUUCCUCAAAAACCCAAAUUCCCAAUUUUUAAUUUAGGGUUUGUAUUUUUAGGGGUUUUAAGUUUUGGCCUUAGCUUUAAAUAGUUCUUUUUAACUCAUUUUCUCAACUUUCUCUCUCCUCAAAUGCAGUGUUUCAGGGUAAAUUUCGUUAGUUCCAUCAACUCAAUCUGGAAUUAAUGUUAAGUCCUACAAUUUCUCAGUGAUUAGAAGAUGCUGGCAACUUUAGAAGAAGAAGAAGAAUUUUUCUCACUAUAUUUAGAAAGUAUUUAUAAUAACAUCAGCAAGAAGAAGAAGAACUAUCAAAUUCAAAGUUUGGAGCUUUAUUUUGCUACAAGAUCUUCAAUUUCUUGGUUGAAUUUGAGGAGAGAGAAGAAAAAGUUAUGGGUUUGAUGGUUCUUCAGUUGAAAAUUUAUAUACUUUAAGUGGGUUAAAUAAAUGAGAGAAAUAUUUAGAUCUUUUAAUUACUUAAAAUAGUAACUUUCUAGUGUACUGUUUGGUUGGUUGGUAGUAGUAAAAUUCUCAAGAGCUCUGAUCUCAAAAAUUUGGAAGAAGAAAAACAUUCCUUGUGUUUUUCACUGCCUCAUCUUAUGUUAGCAGGAAAUUAUUUACGUUGUUGAAGCAAUAGAAGAUAGAAAUAAACAAAAAACAAAAAAAGAGAUAGUAUAUACUAUUACUAGUGUAUUUCUUAGCUUAUUUAUCUGGUUUUUUGUUGUUUGCACACCAAGUGUUUGAGAAUUUGCUUCAUAGAGAGAAAAAAACCAAAAAAAGGUGGUGUGUUUGUAUAAAAUUUUGUGGUUUGAAGUGGGUAUUUGUGAAGUAAGAGUAUUUAUUGAUGAUGGCAAUGUCCUGCAAGGAUGGUAAGGGAGUGAUGGAUAAUGGGAAGUAUGUUAGGUAUACACCUGAGCAGGUUGAAGCCCUUGAGAGGCUCUAUCAUGAAUGCCCGAAACCGAGUUCGCUUCGUCGUCAACAGCUUAUCAGGGAAUGCCCAAUUCUGUCUAACAUUGAGCCUAAACAGAUCAAAGUUUGGUUUCAGAAUAGAAGAUGUAGGGAGAAACAAAGAAAAGAAGCAUCAAGGCUGCAGGCUGUGAAUAGGAAGCUGACUGCAAUGAAUAAGCUUCUUAUGGAAGAGAAUGAUAGGUUGCAGAAACAGGUUUCUCAUCUGGUGUAUGAAAAUGGGUAUUUUCGCCAGCAAACACAGAAAUCUGGUAUUGCUAGUAAAGACACGAGUUGUGAAUCAGUGGUGACGAGUGGUCAACACCAUUUGACGCCACAGCAUCCGCCAAGAGAUGCUAGUCCUGCAGGACUUUUGUCCAUUGCAGAAGAAACUUUAGCAGAGUUUCUUUCAAAGGCCACUGGAACUGCUGUUGAGUGGGUCCAAAUGCCUGGAAUGAAGCCUGGUCCGGAUUCCAUUGGAAUCGUUGCUAUUUCUCAUGGUUGCACUGGAGUGGCAGCACGAGCCUGCGGCCUAGUGGGUCUUGAACCUACAAGGGUAGCAGAAAUCCUCAAGGAUAGGCCUUCGUGGUUUCGCGAUUGCCGAGCUGUGGAUGUGCUUAACGUGCUGCCUACUGCCAAUGGUGGAACCAUUGAACUACUGUACAUGCAGCUCUAUGCUCCAACAACUUUGGCGCCUGCCCGUGAUUUCUGGUUGCUUCGCUAUACUUCUGUUAUGGAAGAUGGCAGUUUGGUGGUUUCUGAAAGAUCACUUAACAACACUCAGAAUGGUCCGAGCAUGCCUCCUGUCCAAAAUUUUGUUAGAGCAGAGAUGCUGCCUAGUGGGUAUCUUAUAAGGCCUUGUGAAGGGGGUGGCUCCAUUAUACACAUUGUUGAUCAUAUGGACCUUGAGCCCUGGAGUGUGCCGGAAGUGUUGCGCCCCUUGUAUGAAUCUUCUACAGUUUUAGCCCAGAAAACAACAAUGGCAGCGCUGCGUCAACUGCGGCAGAUUGCUCAGGAAGUUUCUCAGCCUAAUGUCUCUAAUUGGGGUAGGCGGCCUGCAGCUCUACGAGCUCUUAGCCAGAGGUUGAGCAGGGGUUUUAAUGAGGCACUUAAUGGGUUUACUGAUGAAGGAUGGUCAAUGAUUGGAAAUGACGGCAUAGAUGAUGUCACUGUUCUUGUUAACUCAUCACCUGACAAACUGAUGGCGUUAAAUCUUACAUACGCUAAUGGUUUUCCCGCUGUGAGCAAUACUGUCUUAUGUGCCAAAGCAUCAAUGCUUCUACAGAAUGUUCCACCUGCAGUGCUUCUUAGGUUCCUUAGAGAGCAUAGAUCAGAAUGGGCUGACAACAACAUUGAUGCUUACCUGGCUGCAGCUGCCAAAAUUAGCCCAUGUAGCUUGCCUGGAGCUCGAAUUGGGGGCUUUGGCAAUCAAGUCAUACUUCCAUUGGCACAUACCAUUGAGCACGAAGAGUUGUUGGAGGUCAUCAAGCUUGAAGGUGUUGUCAGUUGUCCUGAAGAUGCUAUGAUGCCAAGAGACAUGUUCCUUUUGCAAUUAUGUAGUGGAAUGGACGAGAAUGCUGUUGGCACAUGUGCUGAACUCAUAUUUGCUCCUAUUGAUGCUUCCUUUGCUGAUGAUGCUCCUCUUCUACCUUCUGGUUUUCGCAUCAUCCCCCUUGAUUCUGCUAAGGAAGCCUCAAGUCCAAACCGCACUUUGGAUCUCGCUUCUGCUCUUGAGGUUGGUCCAUCGGCAAAUAGAUCUUCUGAAAAUUCUGGAUCUGGUAACAAUAUGAGAUCGGUGAUGACUAUUGCAUUUCAAUUCGCUUUUGAGAGCCAUCUGCAAGACAAUGUGGCAACUAUGGCUCGACAGUAUGUUCGGAGCAUUAUUUCUUCAGUUCAGAGGGUGGCCUUGGCUCUCUCUCCUCAUUUGGGUUCUCAAACUGGACUUCGGUCACCACUUGGCAAUCCUGAAGCUCACACUCUAGCUCGAUGGAUUUGCCAGAGUUAUAGAUGCUUCUUGGGAGUGGAGCUACUCAAAUCUGCUGGUGAGGGUAGCGAUGUUGUCCUGAAGACUCUGUGGCAUCACUCUGAUGCAAUCAUGUGCUGCUCCUUGAAGGCUUUGCCGGUUUUCACCUUUGCAAAUCAGGCAGGUCUGGACAUGCUCGAAACGACCUUGGUUGCCCUGCAAGACAUCACACUGGAGAAAAUCUUAGAUGACCAUGGACGAAAAACUCUCUGCUCAGAAUUCCCCCAGAUUCUUCAACAGGGUUUUGCUUGCCUUCAAGGUGGCAUUUGUCUGUCGAGCAUGGGUCGUCCGGUGUCAUACGAAAGGGCUGUGGCGUGGAAGGUGCUGAAUGAAGAAGAGAAUGCACACUGCAUCUGCUUUAUGUUUAUGAACUGGUCAUUCGUCUAGUAGCUGCUAGCCAGCCUUAGUCUUAGUAGUACUAUCAGUAAAAUACUUCUGAAAAAGAACAGGAUUAUUUAAGUGAGAGUAUCAAGUAGUAAUAUGUUUAUUUUGCUUUCCCGGUUAUCACUGAGAAACCUUGCUAAACUUAUCUUAUCUAUGGAAGUUACAGCUAGGCAGGCAUAGACCUGGGAACUGCUUUUCUGUUUA